AUGGCGACGGGGCGGCUGAUGCUCCUUCUGCCCCGCCACGAUCAGGGGGAGCGCUUUGGACGCUCUGGGGCGCCCAGGCAGGCACACCCUGCACCCAGGAGAGCAACCCACGGUAAGCCUGGCGAGCAUUCACGCCAAUGUGCAGGGAAAGCCCGCUGUCCCUCGGGGCAGGGCGCGGCCCGUCCCGGGUGCGGCGGGCAUGUCCCCGCGGCCUCCCGCCGGCAGGCGGCGCCCGCGCCGCUCAGGCACCCCGGCAUUCCCGUUCGCGCCGGGCAGUCAAGGCUCGCAGCCGCCCCCUCUGAGGCGGGAGCGUUCUCAGCGAACGUGGCAGCGGCCCCACCCCUCCGCAGUCACGGGGCCGUCCAGCGCAGCUAUGGCGGCGCCCAGCGCCGUGUGGCUCGGCGGGGACCCGGUGAGGCGGCGGGACCUGCGCGGGGUAGGGCGGUGGGGCUGAUCCGAUCCGAUCCGAUCCGAUCCGAUCCGAUCCGAUCCGAUCCAAUCCGUGUCCUCUCGCAGGUGGAGUGGGUGCUGUGCCCCUACGACGUCCAUCACCGUGUCCCACGCGCGUCCCUGGAGAGGCACGCGGCGUCCUGCCGACUCCGCAGGAUGGGAUACUCCGCCGAGGAGGAGGCCGAGAUGUAUGACUCCAGCUUUUUCUACGAAAACCUGAAGGUUCCUACUGUCGCCAUGGAUAAAGAUCUACAGUUUCACAUUGUUAAGCAGGCUAGAGCCCAAAGUGCAAAGGAAGGUGCAGGCUACAGCGAAGGAUCUUAUUCAUUACUGCCUGUAGAAGUUCCUCAAAACCACAAGCAUUUCAUCUGUGACCUGACCCAAGCUGACCGUCUUGCUCUUUAUGAUUAUGUUGUUGAGGAAACAAAGAAACAGAGGUCUAGAUCCCAGAUAACGGAAAAUGAUAGUGAUCUCUUCGUGGAUUUAGCAGCAAAAAUCACCCAAGAUGAUAGUCAGAAAGGUCCGAAGUCCCAUCUUGAAAUUUUGGCUGAAAUGCGAGAUUACAAAAGGCGGCGGCAGUCAUACAGAGCUAAGAAUGUUCAUAUAACGAAGAAGUCCUACACCGAGGUGAUUCGGGAUGUGAUUGGUGUGCAUAUGGAAGAACUCGGCAAUCAGUGGCAGGAGAACAGGUUGCAUAAUGCAGAGAUAUGUGAAGGAGAGAAGUUGAAGUCCUCAGGAAGGGAAGACAGGCGGUCAGCUUCAGUGGACUCGCGGCAGUCUGGGGGAAGCAGUAGGGAUACGGAGUGCUCGAGACACAGGAGAGACACCAGCAGGAGUCCAAGUAAACGAAGAAGGAGUCGUGAGAGAGGCAAAGACAGAGAUUCUUGGAGAAAAAGAGAGAGGGAUGAAGACAAAUAUCACAACCAUAAAAGAAGAAAGUAGAAACAAUAACCUGAUUAUUUUGUUAAUCAGCUGUUCAAAAGAUAACUUCCACAAGAACUAUUAUUACUGUUGUUUUGCUCGAGACAGUAAAGUUGCCCACAUAAUAUUGGUGUUGCUUCACACCUGUGCUGCUUUGGAGACAAAAAAGUGCUAAGGUUUGUGAGGAUGGAAGCAGUCUAUUUCAGAAAAUGUGUAAAUCUGUAACAUUUAUACAUCUGUUAAUAAAUUAUAUUGAUAUCAUGUA